AUGAAUUCGAGUUUGACUGCCUUGUGGCUUCCCAAUGCAUCCUGGCCUUCAUCCUUGGAAACUGUCUCUGAUGUAAACAGGUUCCAAGUUUUAAGUUCCAGCCUUAAGUUCGUCUUCUACAUGUUUAUUUUUCUCCUUGGUUCCCUUGGCAAUGGAAUUGUGAUCUGGAUCACCUGCCGCCAAGUCUCACGGACUAUCAGCUGCGUCUGGUUCUUCAACCUAGCUCUGGCUGACUUUCUCUUCUCCAUGAGUCGCAUCGCACCUCUUGUUGCGGUGAAGAAAGGUUGGAUCUUUGGGAGUUUCGCCUGCAAAGCCAACGGCUUGAUCAAGUACCUCAACAUGUUCUGCAGCGAAUUCCUCUUAGCCGCAAUCAGCAUGGACCGGGCUGCUUGUAUCGCCUACCCGUUAUGGGCCAGAAGACACCGGAACAUCCGCUUGGUAUGGCUUGCAGCCGUCGUAGCUUGGAUCAUGGCCAUCAUCAUAAGCAUCCCUUUCUACCUUUACCGUAAGGUGGACACAAAGAACAACAGGACCGAAUGCAGGGUGAUGCUAAAGGGAGAAGAACCAGAAGUACAAGUGACAAUCUACAUGUUGAGGCUGAUAUGUGGGUUCUUGAUCCCCUUCACCAUCAUCGUGGUCUGCUACGGAAUCAUCAUCAUGGUGCUGAGGAGACGUCAGACCUCACUCCACUCAAAGAAGUCCUUCAAGGUCAUAUUGGCCCUGGUGGUGACCUUUUCUCUCUGUUGGUUGCCUUAUCACAUCACCCAGCUCCUUACAUUGCCAGAAGUGAAGGGCCCAACCUUCUUGUUUAUUAAACUUGCUGCGGCCUUCCUGGCCUACCUCAACAGUUGCGCAAAUCCAUUCCUUUACUUCUUCAUGGGUGUGGACCUCCACACAAAGUUGACCCUCUAUAGUAUCAUCAUGGCACUCAGGAGAACCUUGCUGGAUGAGAGCAGCUCCUAA